GAGGUGGACUUUGUCCUAGCCUUGCAUACGUUGCACGAACUUCUUCUUCCCUCCUCUUUUGUGCUUCCUCUAGAUCAUUUUGGCUCACAAAGCGUGAAGUCACACUUCCUGAGGGUUUGAAUGAUGAUGAUCCAUUCAUCUUAUCAUCCAAUGAUCAAAAGGCAAUCCGCCUGAUGGAAGUCAGUACCAAAAGGUGCAAUGCACGCGUGAGAGUGAUAAAGAUACAGGCGCACGGAUAUAAUCUUCAACUUUCUUCUUGAUUACCAUAAGAUCAUAUUACGGGUGAAUAUGAUGUCUAUAUGGACGAGGAGCUCACCGCUGGUCGGCAGAAACAGUAAGGUACUUCGAAGAUGCAACAGAUGCUUCCACUCUGGCAGAAUACAGCACGUUCAAAGAUUAUUAUGGUGCGGAUCAGUCCUGGAUCAGAGUAGUAGCACACUAAAGGAAGUGCCAAAAGAUUGGCUAUUAGCGAUGGGAAUGCAAGAAGAUGUAGAACAGGGAAUAUCAUUUGGUUCUUUGGCAUCAUCCUUUUCCCAUUCACUUUUAUCCUAUACGACUCUUCCACCCGCUCUUCCCGUCCAGAACGUUAUCCCACAAGAUGAAAGUGAACCUCCACGUACAAAUCCAGCAGGAUUACACAAAGUGGUAGCUAUUGGACGCAAUACAUUUGGUGAGCUAGGUUCUGGAUUUUCAAGUCAAGAGAGCACUUGGGGAAUGGUGGGCGCUGGUUUCGAGGGAGCAGGUGGAAUAGAAACUGUUCGAUGCGGAUUAGGAAGCAGUUGGUUAUUGACCAAAACAAGCAAGGACAAAGAUGCAUCUUCACUCCUUUACAGCUUUGGCAAUCAUACUUCCGGUCAACUAGGGGUAGGAGGGAUAUCCAGGCCUUAUGCACAAAGUGAAGGCGGUGAACCUCAAUUGGAACUCUAUUCUUCACCCCGCCGUGUUCCGAUAGAAGAUGACAUCGUCAUAGAAUCGAUCAGCUCCGGUCUCGAUCAUACAGUCAUUCUUGUACGCCUUCCAAAUGGCACACAAGAGGUACGAACAUGUGGAAUCAAUACAGAUGGACAACUGGGCCUUCCCUCUGUUCAAUUCUCUUUACCUUCUUUUAAAAGUAUCCAACCGGAAAGCUUUCAACCUCCUCUUCCGCCAACGGAAGAAGAUCCAAUUGUAGGUGUAGCUGCUGGAGGAGAUUCUAGCGCUUUGUGGACUGCAAGCGGAAGGAUAUGGUGCUGGGGUAACAGUGAAUACGCUCAAGCACUUGUUGGUGGGGAGCCAAUCGAUCGUAUUGAUGUUCCAACAGAGGCAUCAUCGAGUGUUGCGAGUGUUCUGCAAGGAGCAAAAGUUGUUGACGUAAAGUUCGGAGGAAGCUUUGUGGUAUUGCUUGAUGUCUGACGGAGCUAAGAGCAUAAUGAAUGAUCGAUAGAUGCUGACUUUUUGAUUUUACAUCUCUUCCAGAUCAAGGCAAUGUAUAUACAGCCGGCUUUGGAGCACUCGGACAGGGCAAAGACCGACUAUUAUCUCACAAGCCACAGAAGAUCCUACAAGGAGC